AUUGCUUGUGGACUUCUGUGUUGAUGACCUACCCCUGAGCAUCGUGCUGACAGUUGCUGGCAGCUGGUACUAGCCGUUACACGGAGCACCAAGUGGAGAAUGAUAGAUCGGAUUCUCCGUGCGCAAAGUGAUUUCUCUCUUUCUACAACAAUUGGAACGUUGUAAUGCCUUCUCUUGUGAAAAUUUAUUCAUUUCAGCCCUUCAAUCAUCACCCGUCGGAACAUGAUAAUGUAUAAUCCUUCAUCCAUGUUUCAGAGCUACGGUUUGAUUUCCAACUUUUCCGACCCGUUAAAAUGUCAUCAGCGAGUGUCCCAGACCAACCAAUAUCCAGCCUAUUGACAGUGAUUAUCACCACAUCACCAACUCCUUCAGCCCCUUUAACAGAUCUCAUAUCGGCGAUAUUGUCGUCCUUUCGCAGCCACUGUGGCGACUUAUUAUCUUGUCGAGUAAUUGUCGUCUUAGAUACCUACGAACGUAUCGCACCCCAAGCGCGGUUAAAGAAAGGCCAGGUUACCCCAGAAGGAGCAAAGACAUUUGAGCUCUAUAAGCAAAAUGUUAAGGAGCUUAUCCUAAAGGAAUUUGACCAGGAAAAUGGUGAACAAAGCUUGGACUACAGUCAAGGUGAAGCUGAAUUUGGCUUCAGCAAUGUGGAGACCAAUACCGCUCCAUUGUCAAUAUUACAGACGGUUGACGGCCGAGUCACCUUUAUAGAACCAUCGAAGCGAUUGGGUUUUGGGCUAGGCGUACGCUCCGCGCUGAGACUGGCUGCGACGCCAUUUGUGUGGGUACAACAGCACGAUUGGCCUCUAGUUUCCAAUAUUCCAUUACAACCCUUGUUGGAUAUUAUGAAGUCGACCGAAGGCGAUGAAAGCAUGCCAGUGAGAUAUGUCUGUCUUCCGUCCGUACGCUUAUUGUCGUAUGCGGAGUCGGCCCAUGUCGAACAAUUCCCCGUGCUGAGGGGGUUGACUUUAUCUCUCAAGCGUAAUUUCGUGACGCAGUCUGGUGCUGAUGUUCCCUUGACGCCUAUGUUCUUCUGGCACGACAAGCCGCAUCUGGCAUCCACCGAACAUUACUUGCGUCGGAUUUUUCCAACACGCCUUUCCAUAUUGCGAGGUGGGUUUAUCGAGGAUACCAUCGGGCAUCGGGCCAGGAAUCAAAUGAAGGAGGGCAAUUGGGCCAAGUGGGCUACUUGGCUAUAUUAUCCCGAUAAUGGACGUAAGUUGUGUCUGCGACAUCUUCAAGGACGUACUUGGGAAGGCGUCGAAAAGGAGUCGGAGAAGAAAGCGUAUUGGGCGAUGCAGAAUGCAAUGCGAAAUGUCGAUGAACUUGGCCAGGCAGCCCAGGCUUAGUUGGUUCAUUUACGCCCUAAUUCUCUCGAGUAUCGUCUCAUCGAUCGAUCGUCCAAGGGUGUAAAGUCGAUACCUAGAUAUUGUGAGUAGAACCUGCGUGGGAUUGGGCGAUAACAAUGGGGAUCAGAUUUCUGGCAAAAGAGGGAGUGAGCAGUUAACGGUUUUAUUAUAUAUCCAACCAUGCCUCAUAUUUUUACCCAUUUCUUCGAACCGUUUUUCGCCAUAUCGCUUAUUGCGCUCGCAUGUACGCGCUCAGCU